AUGCGAAAGAGCGUGGGGCACCGGGUGCUGUCGCGGGACCCCUCGGCAGACCUGGAGUUCAAGCAGCCCGACUCGGGGAUGUCCUCCCCCAACACCACCAGGUCAUCCUCCGCCCAGCAGACGCGCUUCGACAUCGGCUCCCCCUCCAGCACCCUCUCCAACUACGACUCCUGCAACUCCAGCCAGUCGAGUACGGGAGAGAAGAGGAGCGGCUCCAUGGGGCCCCAAGGGCCAGGGGCUCCGGAGACAGCCAUCACAGACAUGCAGGCAUACAUGGACAUGCUGGACCCAGACCUGGGAUCCGAGGCACAGAAGAAAGGAGGGCCAGCCCCCACAGCCCCUCCUCCACCCUCCUUCUCUCCCCCUCCCCGUCCGGGGGUAGGCGGCUCGAGUGACGGGGGGGGAGGGUCGAUGGGGCGUGGUUGUGUACCGGCACCCAGCCCCCCCGAGGACCAGCCCUCCGCCGAGAUGUACCUGCACGUCAAGAGCAACCUGCGGCACGUGGAGAGCGGGGUCCUCAAGAAGGAGUCGACUCCAGGAGACGGCACCCCAGAGAGACUGCGAAGAGUCGACUCCAACAGGAAAUCCAGAAACUUUAACAAGCAGCCUAGUACUGGGGAUUAUUACAAAUCACUCGGCAGCGACACGGCGGACAAACAGGCAAGCAGGGCCAUGGCACCCAACGAGAAGGGGUCUCUCUUGCUUGAAGAAGCAGCGGCGAGUGGGACCAGCCAGCAGAACGGGACCUCUGAGGUGCUGCCAGCCCCUCCACCUCCUCCCCCUCCAGCAGAGAGCAUGCCGACUCCCCCCCCUCCCCCCCCGCUGCCCACCGACACGCCCCAAGACAACAGCACCCAGCGCCGGCCGUCCUCCUCUGCAGGCAGUACAAAGUCGUUCAAUAUGAUGUCUCCAAUGGGUGAUAACUCAGAUCUGCUGGCUGAGAUCAAAGCUGGGAAGAAUUUGAAGCCAACCCCCCAGACUAAAGGGUACACCACUGUCUACAGCACCGGCAGCGGGCAGACUGGUCCCAGCGCAGAGGUCCCUGCAUCUCCAGCCCCGACCUCAACAGUCCCAGUAAACCCAGUAGCCCCUACUGCCCAGCUCUCAUCCACAAGCCCCACAGCGACCCCCACCACCCCCACAGAGCCCACCGCCACUCCCACAGCUCCCCCCAGUGAUAGGCAGAGCCCCAAGUCCCUGGCAGCAGCCCUGACAGAGGAGCAGCAGCCCUCCCCCGUGGUGGUGAAUGGGAAUGCAGACUCCAAGCCGCCCAGCCAGAUGAGCCUGGCAGACUUGGAGACCCUGGUGCCCACCCAUGACGAGGGCGGCAUGCCGAUCCCAGAGUGGAAGCGACAGGUGAUGGUGCGCAAGCUGCAGCUCAAGAUCCAGGAGGAGGACGAGAGCAGGCGAAAGAAAAAAAGCAUAAAUCAGCAUACUGAGGGAAACCCCAUCCCUCUCUUCUUUUUUUUUUUUCCCCUGAUACAGUUCGCCAACACCGGGUACUAUCAGCCUGAGGGUUGGCGGUACUCCCAUACACACAACGCUAUCCUCGGGCCGUUUGGAGAGCUCAUGACAGAGGCCGACCUCAUCCGCAUAGAGAGGCAGGUCGAGAACCUGCAAGUGAUGCACAAGGUCCAGAGGGUGGAGAAGGAACUAAACCAGCUGGAGCGAGAGCUGCAGCAGCUCCUGCCCGUAUCGGUGGCGUUGUGUCACGAGCAUUUCACUGUGAACCCCAAGCAGGUUCAGGGGCAGGCAGAGGACCUCCCAGCCUGGUGCAGCAAGAUCUCCACUCUCCUGAAAAGCAUGGCUGUUCUCCUGGCAACCCUGGGAGGCAAGGAGAUAGACAUCUUGGGCAUGAUGCCACCGGCCCUCCCUGAAUACCACAGGAGCUCAGCACAAAGCCCUCCUCGGUCUCCUCAAGCAGCAGAAGCAGCAGCAGCUUCAGUCCAUAUCGGGAGAUCUCAGUCAUUUUCUACCAGGGAGGAGGUGGAGAAGGAGAUCAAGCAGUGUGGUGUGUCGGUUAAAAACCUGAAAGCAAACUAUGAGCUGCAAAGCCAAUCGAGGGAGGAGGACAGCAAACCAAGCAGGGUCUACAAACGCAAGCGGUCACUGCCGGUGGGCAGCGAGUCUAGUUACAGAUCAGAACCCAUCUUGGAAGAGGACUACAUCUACGACAGCGGAGAGCUGCACUGGUCAAACGACAUGCCGAACAUGAAGCUUGUGGACGAGCCCAUAAUCAUGCCGUCCUAUGCCCCACUUACCUACGGGGGAUCCGAAAACAUAUGUCAAGCAGAGAUGGAUCAGUACAAUCAAAAUUUAAUCAUGGAUCAAGAUGCCCUGUUCAGCCCAGAUCACUUGACUCGCAGUCUUCAGGUCCAGACUGAUCUGAGUUACGUCCAGGAAUACAUAAACAUGAGGAAGGAGAGGAUUGUGUUCUUGUUCCUUGAGCACUGGCGCAAGUGGACCUUCACAGAGUCCUUCAGACGCAAGCAGUAUAGAAGAAGCAGCAGCAUCUCUGCUGCUGGGGGCAGGGAUUUUGAAGACCCCAGUGAGUAUGAACAUGCAACCAGCGAGGAUGACAGGCUCAUCUGCUUCAUGAAGCAGAGGCAAGUGGUCGGGAAACUCAUUGGCCACUGGAGGACCAUCAUCAGCCAGGUCCCCACGCGGCAGAUAAGACGUCUGAGCAGGGCGCAGAUGAUCUACUGGCCCGAGCACUUCCUCCCGCACAUAAACGGAGCCCCUGUGAACUACGACAACUUGACCCUGGACCUCUUCAUGCUGGGUUACUUCCAGCUGCUGGAGAUGAGCAUGUCCCACUCUGAACGCAAGUUCCGCCACCUGCUGUGCUACGAGAUGUUCGACCGGCUGGGCAGCCACAGCUGGGAGCUGAUCCGUGAAUUUCACCAGGAGGUGAUGGAGGAGAUUGAGUCCGGGAAGCGGGACUGGACAGAUGGGUUCGAGGACAUCAAGCGGAGGUUCUUCGUGGAAACCGCGCAGGUGGACUCGGUGGACUCGGUGGAGGCCAGUGCAGACAAGACACGCCCCGUCCAGGAGCCCGAGGAAACCAUCCCUGACAUACUGUCUCAACCGGAGUCGAUCCUCGGCUCCCCAAGUGUUGAGUACGCAGUGGAGGAGCUCAACCAACCUGUUCCUACAACCAGAAAGGACUCCGUCCAGCUCAUCUCCGAACUGGGAGAGUUCAGCAAUGAGGAGAUCUGUCGAUACAUAGACCGCAGCUUCUCCUUUUGGAAGGAAAAGGAAGCCGAACUCUUUGACAUUUGAUCUUCUAAGGGGGGG